AUGGCACAGAAACGUAAAUUCUCAUUGGAAGCAUCGCGAAUGCUGAAACGGAAGAGCUCUGAGCUCUUCAGAAGCUUGCCAAAAGUACCAACCACACAGUACUUAGAACACUCAGAACUCACUUGUGAUAUUCUGUACAGUGGUUAUCGACCUGUUGUGUACCCGGUUCGGGAAACCCCGCUUGGCCAUCGGAACGUGCCGGCGGGCAAGCUGCGAAAAACGCCGUCGGAGUUUUUGUCAUCUUCGUCAGGGAUAUCAGCCAGUAGCAUGGCGGGAGUUUCCGGGUCUGGCGGUAUCGGCUCCGGCGGCGUGAACGGCACAUGGCGGCACAAUCCCCGCAUUCCGUCCCGGCUGCUGCCGUAUAAUCUGUGGAGUAGCUCCAGCAUGGCAAUGGAGUACUAUCCGGAAUGGCUCGGUGUUCCGCGAAGCGUGGUGUACGGACUGCGGCCGUUCGAACGGCCGCAGUUGCAGGAACGCCGAAAAGGAGCGGUAGCCGCCGAGCCCGCAAAGGCUCGGAGUUCCGUGACGGGCGCCAAAUUUCGGCGUUCCGAUAAGCUUUCGAGACAGGUGGACCAGUUUAUGCGCUAUCUACGGGAAAAGGAUGGGAAUUGA